UUUGUCGUGUCGUCACUGAGGUUCUCAAACGUUCACUGUCACAGGUCGGACCACGUUUCUCCACGCGCUUUUGAUUUGAAAGAACAACCGGAAGUGCAGUGGCAUCCCAGCUAGCUCGUCCCUUAAUGUCUUCUUUCUCUGUCGACCUUCUCGGGACUGAACGGAGCCGCUCCCCGGCGUUCUUUAAGCGCAUUUAUUCCCAUUUACACCGGUUCUGGUUCCGACCUUUAACACACGGAGACGGAGGAUAGUGGUAAGCUAGUAGUAGUAAGAAAGCUCGCGGGCGUUUUGUCCGGCAGCUAGUAGCUCCGCUAACCCAGCUAGUACCUAACCCAUCCAAAUGGACCUGUUCGACGACCUUCCGGAACCGACACAGACCUCUGGUCGUCUCUCAGCGCCGAGCGCCAGCGAUGAGGAGGAGGAGCGGACGGCCAAACGAAGGCGAGAGGACGGCGGCGAGGACGUGGAGGUCUGCCGGAGCUGAAGGCGUACGUGGCGGCGAGGCGCGGCGAGCGCGAGGAGAUGCAGGACGCUCACGUGCUGCUGCCGGACCUGAUGGGCUUCCUGCCAUCGCAGCCCGAACUCGUGUAAGAGCGCCGUCGUCACGACGCCACGCCGCCACCUUCAAGUCACACGUGGACUCACGUCCUCUCUGCAGGUCCCGCCUCUCGUAUUUCGCCGUGUUUGACGGUCACGGCGGCGCUCGGGCUUCUCGGUUUGCCGCUGAGCAUCUUCACCACAAUCUGGCAAAGAAGUUCCCGCCCACCGGAGACGCUGAACAUUUAGACAAGCUCAUCAGGAAGUGCCUUCUGGACACGUUCCGUCAGACAGACGAGGACUUCCUGAAGAAAGCCUCCAGCCAGAAGCCGUCGUGGAAGGACGGCUCCACGGCGACCUGCGUGCUGGUGGUGGAUGACGUGCUGUACGUGGCCAAUCUGGGCGACAGCAGGGCGGUGAUGUGUCGGACGGAGGCGGCGGCGGACGGCCAGCAGAAGCUGCUGGCUUUGGCUCUCAGCAAGGAGCACAACCCGACCAUCUACGAGGAGCGAAUGAGGAUCCAGAGAGCGGGCGGAACCGUCAGGGACGGACGCGUGCUGGGAGUCCUGGAGGUGUCGCGCUCCAUCGGCGACGGCCAGUACAAACGCUGCGGGGUCAUUUCCACGCCUGACCUGAGGAGGUGUCAGCUCACAGCCAAUGACAGGCAAGAGCUGCUGAUCCGUUAUCACCGCCUCUGUAAAACAGAAGCUCUUGACGGCGCCGUUCUUCCCCCCAGGUUCAUCCUCCUCGCCUGCGACGGUUUGUUCAAAGUCUUCUCAGCCGACGAAGCGCUCAGAUUUGUCCUGAACGUCCUGCAGGAGGCUGGCGUUGAGCAGAAGGCGGGGCUGACAGAGGAGGAGCUUCGCUUCGAGGCAGCGUGUCAGCAGCUGGCCAGCGAGGCGGUCAAGCGCGGCUGCGCUGACAACGUCACCGUCAUCCUGGUAUCCAUCGGCUGCUGAGCUCCUCUUCAUCUUCCUCAUCAUCCUCGCCUGCUGUCUGUUUUCCAAUAAAAGCCUCGUUUACAUUCCUGA